UGAAAAGAUGGAAAUUCCGGCAGAGAAGACAUUUAGCGGAAGAAUUCAAAUGUCAGUGAUUGAGAGCCACUGAAAGCGGAAAGUCGACGCGCGCAUUGAAUCCGCCAUUUCCCCUUCUUUCUUCCUUUUCUAGCGUGCCGAAACUAAUCCAGCUGGUACAAAAUGGGUAAAGGAAACAACAUGAUCCCGAAUGGGCACUUCCAUAAGGACUGGCAGAAACAUGUCAGGACUUGGUUUAACCAACCAGCCCGCAAAAUCAGACGGAAGACCAAUCGAGUAAAGAAAGCACGUGCCGUGGCGCCUAGACCUGUGGAUGCCCUUCGUCCAGUUGUGAGAUGCCCCACAGUACGGUAUCACACCAAAGUACGUGCCGGACGGGGAUUCACCCUGGCUGAAGUAAAGGCCGCCGGUUUGAACAAGAACUUUGCGAAGAGCAUUGGUAUCUCGGUGGACCACAGGCGAAGGAACAAAUCCAUUGAGUCCCUCCAGACUAACGUGCAGCGUCUGAAGGAAUACAGGGCAAACUUGAUCCUCUUCCCGAAGAACGAAAAGAAGCCCAAGAAGGGUGACUCAAGUCCUGAAGAGUGCAAAGUAGCCACCCAGGUGAAGGGUACCCCCAUGCCCAUUCUCUCGUCCGGAGGGCUCAAGGCCAAGGCCAGGCCAAUUACAGAAGAGGAGAUGAAGUUUAAGGCAUACAUCACCCUUCGUAAAGCCAGGGCUGACGCUAGGCUCGUUGGUAUUCGUGCCAAGCGAGUGAAGGAUCUGGCUGAGAACCCCGAUGAUGUCACCAAGGCUCCAGCCGCCAAGGCCAAGAAGUAAACAUCCCGCUUUUUCGAGUAUUUAAAAAAAAACAACAUCAUUUAUUUUAUUUUGUAAGAAUUGUAUGAUGAAAAUGGUAAUAAAAAUCGGGCUUUGUUUACAACAAA